CAGGCGCGAGAAGGAAGAAGAGGGAGACGUGCAGACCAUCACCGGAAUCUCCACUUCGCACGCGGUCCGCAUCGUCGGGGUUCUCUUCUUUGUCAACCUGCUUAACUACAUGGACCGCUUCACAGUGGCUGGUGUUCUCCCUGACAUUGAGAAGUUUUUUAAUAUUGAUGACAGCAAAUCAGGACUCAUACAGACAGUUUUUAUUUGUAGCUACAUGGUACUAGCACCGAUUUUCGGUUAUCUGGGGGAUCGCUAUAAUCGCAAGAACCUCAUGUGUAUCGGGAUCACCUUCUGGUCAGGUGUGACUCUGGGGAGCAGCUUCAUCCCCAAGAAGCACUAUUGGUUGCUUCUGCUGACACGAGGCCUGGUGGGUGUCGGGGAGGCCAGCUACUCCACCAUCGCCCCCACCAUUAUCGCUGACCUCUUCGUGGGUGACCUUCGAUCCCGCAUGCUCAGCAUCUUCUAUUUCGCCAUACCUGUGGGCAGUGGUCUAGGCUACAUUGUGGCAUCCCAGGUGAAAUCACUAGCUGGUGACUGGCAUUGGGCUCUACGGGUGACUCCUGGCUUAGGGCUCUUGGCUGUGCUGCUGCUGGUGGCUGUGGUGCGUGAACCACCUCGGGGCGCUGUGGAGACGCGCUCGGAUGCUCCCUUGCAAUAUACUUCGUGGAUAACUGACCUGCGGGCCCUCAGCAGCAACCGCAGCUUCGUGUUGUCAUCUCUGGGCUUCACGGCUGUGGCCUUCGUCACGGGUUCCCUCGCUCUGUGGGCCCCUGCGUUUCUGUACCGCUCACGCCUGGCCAGUGGAAGCCUUCAGCCUUGCCCUUCAGAGGAAGUUUGCAGCAGCUCAGACAGCCUCAUCUUUGGCAUCAUCACUUGUGUGACUGGCGUGCUGGGCGUCGGCAGCGGGGUGGAGAUUUCCCGGCGCCUGCAGCGUCACAACCCCCGCGCCGACCCCCUGGUCUGUGCAGCUGGUCUGCUGGGCUCGGCCCCCUUCCUCUUCCUGGCUGUGGUGUGCGCGCAGGGGAGCAUCAUCGCCACUUAUGUUUUCAUCUUCAUCGGCGAGACCCUCCUUUCUCUUAACUGGGCCAUUGUUGCGGACAUGCUUCUGUAUGUCGUCAUCCCCACCCGUCGAUCCACUGCUGAAGCUUUCCAGAUCCUGCUUUCCCAUCUCCUGGGCGACGCCGGGAGCCCUGCGCUUAUCGGCAUGAUCAGCGACCAAAUCCAGCGCGGUCGGCCCCAGUCGUUCAUGUCGCAGUUCCGGAGCCUUGAGUACGCGCUGAUGGCCUGCGCUUUCGUGGGAGUGAUCGGUGGCGGUUUCUUCCUGGCCACGGCCUGCUUCAUCCAGGCAGACCGUAAGCGCACUGAGCUAUACGCACAAGGUCAGCUGAAUGAGCCCUCGGAAGGCGAAGACCGCAUCGUGGUUCCUCAACGCGGCCGGUCGACAAAAGUCCCUGUUUCGAGCGUCCUCAUCUGAAACCCGUCCCUGCCCCCGUUAAUCCG